AUGGCGACAGGUGGAGAGUCGAGAAACAACGACGGGAGGGAGACGGGCGGAAAUCCGAGCUGUAUCUCACUCAACUCAUCAGCAGGGCCCGUCUGGCCUGGACAAACGUUGCCGGUCGAGAUGGAAGAAGAGUUCAGCGGGAGCAUGUCGACCAAGUGCGAUAGCAAGGGAGACGUACCGGGUCGCGUUCGGGUUCUCAUCGUCCGUUUUUCUUGUUGGGAAUCAUCAGCAGUCAAAUCGCCUCUGCCAUGGACGAUUCUGGGCUGA